CUCUCUUCCAAUAUAAACCCUACAAGUCUUUUUGCUGUCCCUCUUUGCACUCCAUCUUUCUGCUAUAGCGGAGGAACGACAGGAAGAGCCGGCAGCCAUGGUGAAGUACUCGAGAGAGCCCGACAAUCCUACCAAGUCGUGCAAGGCAAGGGGGUCAGAUCUCAGGGUUCAUUUCAAGAACACGAGGGAAACUGCCCAUGCUAUCAGAAAGCUUCCAUUGGUGAAGGCCAAACGGUACUUGGAAGAUGUUAUUGCCCACAAGCAAGCUAUCCCCUUCACCCGCUUCUGCCGUGGUGUUGGAAGAACUGCUCAGGCAAAGAACAGGCAUUCCAAUGGUCAAGGUCGUUGGCCCAUGAAAUCUGCCAAGUUCAUCCUCGACUUGCUCAAGAAUGCUGAGAGCAAUGCUGAGGUGAAAGGUUUGGAUGUAGAUGCCCUCUACAUAUCACACAUCCAGGUGAAUCAGGCACAGAAGCAGAGGCGUAGGACCUACCGUGCGCACGGAAGAAUCAACCCAUACAUGUCAUCUCCGUGCCACAUUGAGCUGACCCUUUCCGAGAAGGAGGAGCCAGUGAAGAAAGAGCCGGAAACCCAAUUGGCAGCCAGCAGCAAGUCUAAGAAAUCUGCUGCUUAACUUGAGAUCUUGAGAGGUCGGUUGGGGAGUUGGUUGUUAUUGAGAUUCUGCCAUUUCGUUUCUCGUUUGGUUUAUGAUUUUGUCGCUCUUUCUUUCUUGCCAUAGAGGAAUUGCUACUUAGGAGACAUGUCUUGUCCUUAUCCUUAUGAGCUAUGAGAAUCUCUCGGAAUGUUUUUUUUUUUUUAUAAAAAUGUCCUCGCGCCAUUUCUCUGUUAUUA